CCCGGCUGCGCGGCGCGGCAGUGUAGCGGCGGCUCCUGUACCCCCAGCGCGGACCUAAAGGGGCUCGGGCCGCUCGGGCCGGGAAUGGCGGCGGCGGCCGAGCCCGGGGCCCGCGCCUGGCUGGGCGGCGGCUCCCCGCGCCCCGGCAGCCCGGCCUGCAGCCCCGUGCUGGGCUCAGGAGGCCGCGCGCGCCCGGGGCCGGGGCCGGGGCCGGGACCCGAGCGGGCGGGCGCCAGAGCCCCGGGCCCCGCUGCCACGCCGGGACACAGCUUCCGGAAGGUGACGCUCACCAAGCCCACCUUCUGCCACCUCUGCUCCGACUUCAUCUGGGGGCUGGCCGGCUUCCUGUGCGACGUCUGCAAUUUCAUGUCUCAUGAGAAGUGCCUGAAGCACGUGAGGAUCCCGUGCACGAGUGUGGCACCCAGCCUGGUCCGGGUUCCUGUAGCCCACUGCUUCGGCCCCCGGGGGCUCCACAAGCGCAAGUUCUGUGCUGUCUGCCGCAAGGUCCUGGAGGCGCCGGCGCUCCACUGUGAAGUGUGUGAGCUGCACCUCCACCCAGACUGUGUGCCCUUCGCCUGCAGUGACUGCCGCCAGUGCCACCAGGAUGGGCACCAGGACCACGACACCCAUCACCACCACUGGCGGGAGGGGAACCUGCCCUCGGGAGCGCGCUGCGAGGUCUGCAGGAAGACGUGCGGCUCCUCUGACGUGCUGGCCGGCGUGCGCUGCGAGUGGUGCGGGGUCCAGGCGCACUCCGUCUGCUCCGCGGCGCUGGCUCCUGAGUGUGGCUUCGGGCGUCUGCGCUCCCUGGUCCUGCCCCCCGCGUGCGUGCGCCUUCUGCCCGGCGGCUUCAGCAAGACGCAGAGCUUCCGCAUCGUGGAGGCCGCGGAGCCGGGCGAGGGGGGCGACGGCGCCGACGGGAGCGCUGCCGUGGGUCCAGGCAGAGAGACACAGGCAACUCCGGAGUCCGGGAAGCAAACGCUGAAGAUCUUUGAUGGCGACGACGCGGUGAGGAGAAGCCAGUUCCGCCUCGUCACGGUGUCCCGCCUGGCUGGUGCCGAGGAGGUGCUGGAGGCCGCACUGCGGGCCCACCACAUCCCCGAGGACCCUGGCCACCUGGAGCUGUGCCGGCUGCCCCCUUCCUCUCAGGCCUGUGACGCCUGGGCUGGGGGCAAGGCCGGGAGUGCUGUGAUCUCGGAGGAGGGCAGAAGCCCCGGGUCCGGUGAGGCCACGCCAGAGGCCUGGGUCAUCCGGGCUCUGCCGCGGGUCCAGGAGGUCCUGAAGAUCUACCCUGGCUGGCUCAAGGUGGGCGUGGCCUAUGUGUCCGUGCGAGUGACCCCGAAGAGCACGGCCCGCUCCGUGGUGCUGGAGGUCCUGCCGCUGCUUGGCCGCCAGGUGCGUACCCUGUGCCUGCUCCCCAUGCCGGCCAGACUCGGUGGGGGGUCGCUGUCCCCAGGAGGCCAGGCCACCAUCCCAGCCCAGGCCGAGGGUCCCGAGAGCUUCCAGCUGGUGGAGGUGGCGAUGGGCUGCAGGCAUGUCCAGCGGACGAUGCUGAUGGACGAACAGCCCCUGCUGGACCGGCUACAGGACAUCCGGCAGAUGUCCGUGCGGCAGGUGAGCCAGACGCGGUUCUACGUGGCAGAGAGCAGGGAUGUAGCCCCGCACGUCUCCCUGUUUGUUGGCGGCCUGCCUCCCGGCCUGUCUCCCGAGGAGUACAGCAGCCUGCUGCAUGAGGCCGUGGCUACCAAAGCCACCGUGGUGUCCGUGAGUCACGUCUACUCCUCCCAAGGCGCGGUAGUGUUGGACGUUGCCUGCUUUGCGGAGGCUGAGCGGCUGUACAUGCUGCUGAAGGACAUGGCUGUGCGGGGCCGGCUGCUCACUGCCCUGGUGCUCCCCGACCUGCUGCACGCGAAGCUGCCCCCAGACAGCUGUCCCCUCCUUGUGUUCGUGAACCCCAAGAGUGGAGGGCUCAAGGGCCGAGACCUGCUCUGCAGCUUCCGGAAGUUACUGAACCCUCAUCAGGUCUUCGACCUGACCAACGGAGGUCCUCUUCCCGGGCUCCACCUGUUCUCCCAGGUGCCCUGCUUCCGGGUGCUGGUGUGUGGUGGCGAUGGCACUGUGGGCUGGGUGCUUGGCGCCCUGGAGGAGACACGGUACCGACUGGCCUGCCCGGAGCCUUCUGUGGCCAUCCUGCCCCUGGGCACAGGGAAUGACCUUGGUCGAGUCCUCCGCUGGGGGGCGGGCUACAGCGGCGAGGACCCGUUCUCCGUACUGCUGUCUGUGGAUGAGGCCGACGCCGUGCUCAUGGACCGCUGGACCAUCCUGCUGGAUGCCCACGAGGCUGGCAGUGCAGAGAACGGCACGGCAGACGCAGAGCCCCCCAAGAUCGUGCAGAUGAGUAACUACUGUGGCAUUGGCAUCGACGCGGAGCUGAGCCUGGACUUCCACCAGGCACGGGAAGAGGAGCCUGGCAAGUUCACAAGCAGGCUGCACAACAAGGGUGUGUACGUGCGGGUGGGGCUGCAGAAGAUCAGUCACUCUCGGAGCCUGCACAAGCAGAUCCGGCUGCAGGUGGAGCGGCAGGAGGUGGAGCUGCCCAGUAUUGAAGGCCUCAUCUUCAUCAACAUCCCCAGCUGGGGCUCGGGGGCUGACCUGUGGGGCUCCGACAGCGACACCAGGUUUGAGAAGCCGCGUAUGGAUGACGGGCUGCUGGAGGUUGUGGGCGUGACGGGCGUCGUGCACAUGGGCCAGGUCCAGGGUGGGCUGCGCUCCGGAAUCCGGAUUGCCCAGGGUUCCUACUUCCGAGUCACACUCCUCAAGGCCACCCCGGUGCAGGUGGACGGGGAGCCCUGGGUCCAGGCCCCGGGGCACAUGAUCAUCUCAGCUGCUGGCCCUAAGGUGCACAUGCUGAGGAAGGCCAAGCAGAAGCCGAGGAGGGCCGGGACCACCAGGGAUGCCCGGGCGGAUGCUGCGCCUGCCCCUGAGGGCGAUCCUAGGUAGGGGUGGCUGGGGCAGCCCAAGGGCUUGAGCCGUCUCUGUCCCUGCCAGCCUUGUUUUCAGAUGGUCUGGAGGCAGCUCCACGUCCACACAGUGGCCGGCCCUGUGGUCGGACCUGGCUACAGCCCUGACCGCAGCAUCUUCCAGCGGGACCAGCCCUCAUCCCAUUGGUGACACAUGUUGGUGUCACAGCCCUCAUCCCACUGGAGACUGGUGUGCGGGUGGCAGUGUUUCCCCGUGUCCCGGGUGGGUGCAGGGCUCUGGAUGGCGAGCCCUCUGCCCUGUGGGGGCCUGGUCCUCUCCUCAGGGGUGGGCACCCAUCCCUCUCCCCACUGAGCCCCUUGAGCUGGACAGUGCUGGAUGCAGGCCGUCCAGGUGGGUCUGAUCUCACUUUGUGCCCCUCGGGCUGUCCCCCUGGCCAGUCCUUCAGAGCAGCAGGCUCCCUGGUGUGUCCCUGCCCUGGCAGACACAGGCUGCCAGUCCCUCCAGCCUCACCUCCCCACCCUGGGCAGCAGGUGUGGGCAGCGUGUGAGGCUGCCGGGUGGUGGUGACUGGUGACUUCCUUGUGUUCAGGGAAGGGAGAAGGUGCCUUCCCUUGUUUUCUGGCCUUGUUAUAUACAGAUGGCAGCUUGGACCUCAGGUACAGCUCCGGGGCAGGCAGUGCCCAGCUGGACCUGGUGGCCCUUUCCUAGUGCCUCUGCUGGGGGAGGAGAACCUCUGUCCACAUGGAGGCUAAGAGGUCUCAGGUGCUGCCCUGGCAGCACCAGAGUGUGGGCCAGGCCUGAGUGUCUGCCCCUCGGCCCUCAGGGUGGGGCACUUAGCACCCAGAAGGGACCAAAAGCAGGGCAUGGCGGUGCAGAGGAGUUUGGGAGGUGUAAACAGCCCAUGCACGUGGAGGAGGAGCUGGCUUUCAGCCCCAGACCCCACACUAGCACUUUCCACGCUGCUUGCCCGCUGUUGAUGUGCAGUUCCCAGUGCCUGUGUGAGCCGACAUCUGCUCAGUCAUAUCCCUCGUCAGCGUGUGGAGACCCAGCUCCUGCAGCGCCCCUGCUCCCACGCCCCCAGACAGCUUGGUGGAGGGUCCUGCAUCUGGGCCAGGCUGGGGUGCACCCAGCCAAAGACAAAGCUGCCUCCACGUGCCCAAGGAUUCAGAUGGCGCACUGGCCCCGGGAGGAGUCUGACCAAAAAUGGAGCCCACUCUGUGGGAAGCCCCUGACUCCCCCACGAGAAACGGUCCCACGGUGCGGAUCUCCCCCUUCCCUAGUGGGGCACAGCUGGCCUGGGCCUCCGAUGCUGCGGAGCUUUCCUGGGUGUGGCUUUGACCUCAGAAGUGGCUCUGGUUUGGCCUCAGGAGUGUGGCCUGGCCCAGCCAGCUGCAGCCUCCUGGGGGGGCCCUUGAUGCCACUAAUCCCCCGACCCCCCGCUUCUGCCAAACUGCACAGACACACGCAUUGUAAGGCCGCUUGUGGCCUCCAGCGUGCACUCUUGUUUACAUCAUUGUCAUCUUCAAGACCAGUCCUUCGUGAUUAGUUUUCCUUGCGAGCUCUGGUGUGGACUGUGGUCUGUAUGAAUCGUGUGUAACUGUGGUGAGGGGCUUGUCCUGUAUGUGAGUCUGUACCCAGGUGGGGUCUGUGCCCUGCACACCAGGCCCCUCUGUAUUUAUCGCUGCCUGAAUGCAACAGUAAUUUAUAUCCAGGACAAAUACAGUCUGGGCGUCACUAUCCUA